AUAAGCAUAUCUAUCAGCCGUGGACCACCACGUGACCUCUGUCGCGUCGCGUUUUCGGCCAAAGGUUAAAAGUUGAUCCAAUGUUCACUCCAACCCUUGAUAUCCUGCUCCACCGUGAUAAAGAUGGCCGACACCACGCAACCGAAUGAGGCCGAUACCACCCACGGUUCCACCGAGGUCCCGGCAGCAGACACUGCCGACCUCCAGUCUCAAGCUGAAAAGCUCAUUGCAGAGGGCAAAAAGGCCAUCGCACUGAAGCAAUGGGAAGAAGGCGUAGCAAAGUAUGCUGAUGCGCUGGACUUGAGACGCCAGUUGGUCGGCGAGUUUGAUCCCUCGAUGGCUCCUCUGCUGCUGAGCUAUGGCAAGGCGCUAUAUGAGCUUGCGUUCUCUCAAGCUGGUGUGAUGGGGAAAGAAGAAGUGGAGAAGCAAGCUGGAGGAGAGACCAUUCGGGCAGAGGAAGGAGGUUCAGGCAACUUUGUCUUUUCUGCUGAUCCUGUCUCUGAUGACGACGAAGUGGAAGGCGACGGACAGGGAAACGGAGUCGAAGAAAGUGGACCGUCCGCAACACGUCCGACAGAGGUCGAGAGUGAAGGAGAUGCGGAAGUUGGAAUCAAUGGCGCUGGGGAAGAGGCGGAAGAGGUGGAUGAGCCGGAGGACGAUUACAAUGCAGCGUGGGAGGUUCUGGAUGUCGCUCGAACGAUCUAUUCAAAGAUGGUACAAGGGAGGGAAGGGAGUGACGCGAGGGAAGACAGGUUGAACCUAGCCGAAUGUUAUCUCGCUCUCGGUGAUGUGUCCUGUGAAACAGAAAACUUUACCCAAGCCGUGCAAGAUUACACUUCCGCUCUCGAGAUCAAAUCCGCCCUCUUGCCGUCAUCCGCCCGAUCCCUCGCCUCAGUCCACUAUCAACUUGCCACCGUCCUCGAAUUUACACCGAACCGUCGAGCCGAUGCGUUGAAACAUGUCGAAUCCGCCGUGACAGGGUUCAAAGCUCGUCUGGCGGAAUUGGCCUCCGACUCGGAGCAAAGUGAUGAAGUGAAAAAGUUGAGCGAGAAGGAGAAGGAGAAGGAAGUGGAGGAUGUCAAAGCCCUGAUUGGUGACCUCGAAGUGAAGAUUGAAGAGCUUAAAGCUGCCCCUCCAGCUGAGGAUCUCGUCUCGGAGAGUAUUAAUCACUUACUGGGAUCCGACGCGCUUGGAUCAGCUCUCGGAUCGAUGCUCAAUGGAUCAUCAAGUGGAUCGGGUGGACCCAGUGGAUCAUCGGUUGGAGAUGCGCCUGUCAAUGAUCUGACGAGCAUGGUCAAGAGGAAACCGAAAAAGGCUCCUGUACCUGCGAACGGCAGCAUGAACAAGGUCGAGGCUGAGGCAGAGGGUGUCUCUGAGAACGGAACCAUCGCCGGGGUGAAGAGAUCAGCAGAGAGCGAUGCCCAGAACGGAGACGCGGACAAGAAGGUCAAGUUGGAGUAAGCGGACAGCUUCCUAGGGUUCAUACAUGUCAUUGAUUCAUUUGAUUUCUCUCUAUCAUCUUUUACGAUGCCUACUGGCACGUCUUUGUCUUUUUUCAAUGCAUUGUGGUGGCCUAUGUAGAUGGGCCAAGGAUACCUAGAAGAGCAACUUGUAUGGGUACGACUCGUUCUUGACUCUGAACAG